AUGUUACUAGAUAGAAAUACUAUGUUUAUUAUAGAUCAUGUUCAAUGUCGAAAUGCAUUAUCACAACCAGUAGAUGGUCUGAAAAGCUCAUUAAAACAUAUUGAUUAUAUAAAUAUUUGCAUGUUUCGAAAAACUCGUUUAUGCAAUUUUCUACAUGAAAUGAAUAAUGCUAAAUUUAAUGAAACAAAACAAGAUCUAGAAUUAUGGAAACGUGGUGUUAGUGUACCUCCACGUGUUUUUCGUCCUCAAGUGCGCUCAAAAUAUCUUGAUAUUGAAGAACGAAUUUCUCACAUUACCGAUAGUAAACGAACACCUAUUGACUUAUACAAUGGUGCAAAAGGUUCACAAGCAACGCGUGAAACACGAAUGGAAGUUGUGGCUUGGAUAGCUGUAUGUAUUUUUUCGUGUAAACUUGAAGGUGGGUUCGUACGUGAUUGGGUUGUCGGUAACUAUACGGCACGACCACAAAGUCUUCUAGGAAAUCCAAAAGCGUGGGUUACGUAUAGCAAUUCGAUACCAUAUAUAGAUAACGAAGUUGUCCCAGCUGAUUUAGAUUGUCAUUUGCCGACACAUGCUUAUUUCGAUAUUGAGAAAUUUCAUGAUGAACUAUACAAGUAUGAUAUUACAUGCAAAGUUUUUCGGCAAGAUUGGCGUUAUGUAAUACUGAUUGAUGAAGAUGCACCAACGGGUCCAUUUACAAUGGAUUUAAUUGAGCCACACGUCGCAUUAACUCAUGACCGUAUUGAUUUCGAUGUGAAUAAUUUAUCAUUAGAAAAAGAUUAUACUCAUGAAUUAGGUAUGCGGGUUGAUAUUCAGCAACGGCCAUAUUUGAUUGAGCUUGAAGCGAUUGUCGAUAAUAUUAAAAAUAAACGCUUUCAAGUACUUCGUCCAAUCGAUCAUUUUCUCACAGGACGUUUUAACAAGAUGACAAAUAUUCGACACUGGACACAAUUGGGAGAACCGUUUUAA